ACGGCAGUGAGAAGAAGAUGGCGGAGGUAACAAAUGAAGCAGAGCUACUCAAGGAGAAGGCAAAUAAGUUCUUCAAAGAAAAAGACUAUGAAAAUGCUAUCAAGUACUACUCAGAGGCCCUGGAGCUCAAUCCAUCCAACGCCAUCUACUACAGCAACCGUAGCUUGGCGUACCUGCGUACGGAGUGCUAUGGCUACGCCCUGGCAGACGCUACGAAGGCCCUGGAGGUAGACAAGAACUACAUAAAGGGAUAUUACCGCCGCGCCACCUCCAACAUGGCGCUGGGCAAAUUCAAAGCUGCACUUAAGGACUACGAAACGGUAGUCCGGGUUCGACCGAAUGACAAGGAUGCAAAAAUGAAGUACCAAGAAUGCAACAAGAUUGUGAAGCAGAAGGCGUUCGAGAGAGCCAUCGCAAGUGAUGACAAAAAGAAAUCAGUCGUCGACUCUCUGGACAUAGAAAGCAUGACCAUCGAGGACGACUACUUAGGGCCCAAACUUGAAGAUGGGAAGGUGACGUUGCAGUUCAUGAAAGACAUGAUGGAUUGGUUCAAAGACCAGAAGAAGCUGCAUAGAAAAUGUGCUUAUCAGAUUUUAGUACAAGUAAAGGGCGUUCUGUCAAAGCUACCAAGUCUGGUUGAAAUCACAAUAAAAGAGACAGACAAACUAACGAUUUGUGGGGACACCCACGGCCAGUACUACGACCUCCUCAACAUCUUUGAGUUGAACGGUUUACCCUCGGAGGCCAACCCUUACCUCUUCAAUGGCGACUUUGUGGACCGAGGCUCCUUCUCUGUUGAGGUCAUUCUCACCCUGUUUGGCUUCAAGCUGCUCUACCCAGACCACUUCCACUUGCUCCGAGGGAACCACGAGACGGACAACAUGAACCAGAUGUACGGGUUUGAAGGCGAGGUCAAAGCCAAAUACACAGCCCAGAUGUUCCAGCUGUUCAGUGAGGUCUUCCAGUGGCUUCCUCUUGCUCAGUGCAUCAACAGCAAAGUACUGGUCAUGCAUGGAGGACUUUUCAGCGAAGACGGUGUCACGUUGGAGGACCUGAGGAAGAUUGACAGGAACAGACAGCCGCCGGACUCGGGGCCGAUGUGUGACCUCCUGUGGUCCGAUCCACAGCCUCAGAACGGCCGGUCGAUCAGCAAGCGAGGCGUGAGCUGUCAGUUUGGUCCCGAUGUGACGCAGCACUUCCUGGAGCAGAACAAGUUGGACUACAUCGUGCGAAGUCAUGAGGUCAAAGCUGAGGGUUACGAGGUCACUCACUCAGGGAAGUGCAUCACCGUGUUCUCAGCACCCAACUACUGUGAUCAGAUGGGAAACAAAGGAGCAUACAUCCACCUCAGGGGAUCAGACCUCAAACCUGAAUUUCACCAGUUCACUGCUGUGCCUCAUCCGAAUGUCAAGCCGAUGGCGUACGCCAACACGCUAAUGCAGCUGGGGAUGAUGUAGAGGGCGCGCGCGCGCUGCGAUGACCUGCAGUCGCUCCCUUCCCUCCCAGCUCAGCCGCUCCGGGGCUCGGUCAUGUCGUCGUUCCUGCUUAGUCUAAGGGGUCUCUCUCCCACACAAACGUCAGCUAGUUGUUGUGCAGAAACCGAGGCGUAGUUCUGAUGGGAAGAGAGCGACCUUAGACGAGCCCAGUCCAGAUUUCCUUUUUAUUCCUUCACGUUGUUUUUUUUUUCCUGGAGAAUUUCCGUUGUCCAUUUGCCUGCUUCAUGCGUGCCAUUACUGAGUUACGAAACCAACACUGCAAAAACACCAAAUAUUACCAAGUACUUUUGUCUAGUUUCUAG